AUGCUCAAGGCCGCGGCCGCGAGCAAGGCCGCCGACCACCUGUCGCCGCCGCUCUCGGGCCCGGGCGGGUUCGUCUCGACCGCGUCCUCCGGCGUCGCGGCGCCGUCGCCCAAGAUCACGUUCUACGGCGACCACGUCCAGGCCGUCCUUCGCGACUCGCCGCACCCGAGCCCACGACUGCCCCUUCCGGCACAGGCGGGCUACGCGUCGGGCUACGAGAGCAGUGGGCUGAGCGGGACCGAGGACGAGGGCGACGACGACGCGCUCGACAUCUCGCCGGGCACGAUCGAGGACCGCGGCAGGCUCGGCGAGGGCGCGAGCGGCGAGGUGCGCAAGGUGCUGCACAAGCCGACCGGGCUCAUCAUGGCCAAGAAGACGAUCACGACGUCGCCCAACCCCAAGCUCCACAAGCAGCACCUGCGCGAGCUGCUCUUCAUGCGCGACUGCACGCACCCGCACAUCGUACAGUACUAUGGCGCGUUCCUCGAGGCCAACAACUCGCAGAUCGGCAUCUGCAUGGAGUACUGCGAGGCGGGCAGCCUCGAGCGGCUGUACAAGAAGGUCAAGGAGCGCGGCUACCGCACGGGCGAGAAAGUGCUGGGCAAGAUCGCCGAAUCGAUCCUCGAAGGGCUUGUCUACCUGCACGACCAGAAGAUCAUCCACCGAGACAUCAAGCCCUCGAACGUCCUCGUCACGCGCGACGGCCUCAUCAAGCUGUGCGACUUUGGCGUCUCGGGCGAGCUCGUCGACAGCCUCGCAGGCACUUUCGUCGGCACCACCUUCUACCUCAGCCCCGAGCGAAUUCGUGGCGGGCAGUACUCGAUCAACUCGGACGUGUGGUCGAUGGCCGUGACGGUCCUCGAGGUCGCCCUCAACCGGUUCCCGUUCCCUGCGCCCGGCGAGGCUCCCCUCAACGGGCCCAUCGAGCUCCUCACCUACCUCUUGCGCAUGGGCGCCGUCGAGCUGCGUGACGAGCCCGAGAACGGCAUCAAGUACACGAACGCGUUCCGCAACUUUAUCCAGGUCUGCCUCGACAAAGACCCGGCGACUCGACCUGGACCUCAAGCGCUCCUCUCGCACGGCUGGAUCCGUCGCAGUCGGGAGCGCCAGCCGCCGGCCGACCUCGCGAGCUGGGUGCGCGGACUCGACGCCGCCUGA